AUUGUUAUUCGACAGUUGGACACUGAAGAGUAAACACGUGGUUAUUUUUUCAAUUGCACCGUUAGAAACGCCUAACGCAUAUACCGCAAGCGAAAGUGAACACGUUCCAUAUCCUUGUUGCUAAGCGAGAAAUUUCUUCAGUCGAUACCAGUGAAAAAAUAGGAAGCAAAAGAGAGAAGUUUUUUUAAGAAAGAUGAGGGUCAAAGACCCUGGCGGGGGCAUCCCCGUUGGAAAUCAGUUCGAUAUUCUGACUGACUUAGGUGAACCUAGGCGGAAAUAUGGAAAAACAUCAAACAUGACCGCCAGCCUUAGAAACCAAGUGGUUGAAGAAGAGAAAGUACUCAUAAUGGAGUCUGUAUCAGAGGGCAAGGACCUAACAAAAUGUAACCCUUUCUUAUUGCAAAAAAUUAUUGAAAACGCUCUCGGAUGCAAACCAGAGCAAGUGAGCCGAGUACGUGGUGGAAAACUAUUAAUUAAAGUGAAAAACGAAAAUCUGGCAGAAAAAGCUGAAAGAAUUAAAAAAAUUCCAGACACUAACGGAAAUAUCGAAGUGAAAGUGUACGAACAUCCAACACUGAAUACCACAAAAGGUGUAAUUCGUUGCCCGGACAUCGAAUUUAUGUCGGAAGAGGAAAUCCUUUCGGGACUAAAAGAUCAAAAAGUGACGGAAGUGAACAUAAUGAAAAGAAAAGUGGAAAAUGUGUUAAGAAACACCAAAACGGCUAUACUUACGUUCAACACAACAAGAGUGCCACGAUCAGUGGAUUUCGGGUUCUACCCUCUGCUCGUCGAUCUAUACAUCCCCAAACCAAUGCGCUGUGCCACGUGCUUAAAAAUCGGUCACACAAAAAAAUGGUGUAAAGGUGAACGUACAUGUGCCAACUGCAGUUUACCGGCGCAUGAAGAGGUAUGUGUUAUCACUAAGUGCGUAUCGUGUGGUGACAACCACAAUACAUUAGACAAAGACUGCCCUAUAUACAUAGAUGAAACGGAGAUACAGAAGAUAAAGACGAUUAACCGAAUCACAUACAAAGAAGCAAGAGCCAUCAGACGUAGACAGUGUCCUACGCCACCAAAAAAAUUCACUUCAACGAAUAUGACAUACGCAAAGACGACACAAAAUAACGCAACAAAUAUCGAACAAAACACACAGACAAAAACACAGAACAAAGAAAUCACUCCUACAGACAGAAAGAAAACAGACAAAACAGAACAAAUAACAACACAGAACAUAACACGCCAACAGACAAUAAUGGAAACAGAAGAACCAACAACAUCCAAAACAAACGACACAUUAAAACCAAUUACAAAAAAUUAUCAAAAAAUUAUCAAAACACAGGAUGGGACUACAGUCACAUCAAGAUCGCUCUCAAUAGAUGAUAAGAUCAUCUUUCACUGCAAAAAAACUGACGAGCAAAAACCAUCCUAAAAAAAAAAAAAAAAUUGUACGAAAAAAAAACAACAACAAACAAUAAAUAAAUCAAUAACAAAAAUAUACUAGAAAAAAAGGAAAACUGCCACACAAGACGGUCCCUUGCACGAUUUAAAAGAGCUGAAAAUAAUGCAAGCAAACAUUCAAGGACUCAUAAAAAACAAUGAUGAACUGAAAAAAAUUAUAUCAGACGAGAACAUAGACGUUGUGUGCCUACAAGAGACGUGACUUAAAGAAGACACUACAAAAGAGAUAAAAAUCCCAAAUUACCACCACAUACACCAAACCAGAGAAGACGGCUACGGAGGUAGCAGUAUUAUAAUCAACAAAAAAUUCAAAUUCGAGCUUUUGCAUAUACAUCACUCAAGUAAUUUUAUACAAACGGUGGGCAUAAAGAUAAAAAUAUUAAACUUGGUAGUAGUAUCGACUUACGUAAAACCAACAACGCCAAAGACAUUUUAUAAUAUAAUUUUAACCAAAAUACUAGAUCUAGCAAAAAGACAUAGCAAAAUCAUUGUAGUAGGAGACUUCAAUGCCCACCACAGAAUAUGGGGUAAUCAUUUCAAUGAUACAAAAGGUUCAAUAACAAUCAAUGAAAUAAACUCCUCAGACAUGAUCUUAAUUAAUAACAAAGAACCAACUUUUAUAAGCAGUGAUCCAAACAAAAGGGAUACCGCAAUCGACCUAACAAUCGUGUCACCAGACAUAGUACAAGAAACGCGCAGAAUAGUUUGUGAUCAACACAUAGGUAACAGUGGACAUAAAUUAAUCUACACCUUUAUCCAAGAACCCACAAUCCCGACCAACAACAAAAUCAUUAACAAAGCUCUAGUAGAAGAACAAAUCCGUCAAUUAAAAGUCAUGGAACACACCACCAUGGCCAGUAUUGCUAAAGACAUCAAAAAGAUAAUAAAAAAUAAUACAAGAAAUUGCAAUUAUACCCCAAAAUCGUGGUGGACGGAGGAACUUAAAAUAGCGUGGGAAAAGAAAAACGAAAGUAGGAAAAAAUUUAACACGAACAAAACCCUGGAAAAUCAUAUCGAAUUUAAAAAGGAUUUAGCAAAGUUUAAACUCCUCAAAAAAAUAGAAAAACGAAAAAAUUUUGAAAAAUGGUUAGAUAAAGUAAACACUGACACCACCAGCACUGAAUUAUGGAACAUUAUCAACAAAUGCCAUGGGAAAAAAGGUUGUAAGCAAUACUCUAAUCUCAUAAACUCCAGCCAUCAAAAUGCCAAAAAAUUCCUUAAAAUAAAUUUCCCAAUUUCUAAACACACAACAAACAACCUCAUGAGGACACCACUCCUAUACGAUUCAGAAAUAAAACUUUUAAAUCUUGACAAAUGGCACAAAAUACUAAAAUCAAAAAAUAAUACUACACCAGGGGUUGAUGGCAUUACAUAUGAUACGCUCAAAAUCCUAAAUGAUGAGAUGGCAUUGAAAAUAAUAGAAGAAAUCAACGCAAUGUACCGAGAGGGAAAGGUACCUCAUAGACUAAAAAGAAUCAAAAUAAUCGCAAUCGGCAAAAUCGGAAAAGACCUAAAUGAAAUUACAAAUUUUAGGCCAAUAGCACUAUUAAUGACAAUUUUAAAAGUAGCAAACACAGCCGUACUAUCAAGAAUUACAGACUACCUGGAAAAGCAUUUACUUCUGCCGGAAACCAGCUUUGGCUUUCGCAAAAAUAGAUCGACCACAGAUAUGAUUGACUUGCUAAUCAACACCAUAACGGGAAACAAUAGAAAAAAAAAAUACACUGGUGUGGUUUUUAUAGAUGUUAAAAACGCGUACAAUAGUGUAUUAUCGAAUGAGCUUACAGCAAUAAUGCAAUCCCUAACGAUAACUAACGAUGUUAUUGCUUGGAUUAGCAGCUUUCUCAAAAACAGAAGCUUAGAAAUAUCCGUUGAUGGCGAAACAAUCAAGAGAAGAGUGUCGAACGGGCUCCCACAGGGGGAUGUCCUCUCCCCGACACUCUUCAACAUAUACACCAGCAGUUGCCAUGACAUAAAUAUGGGAAAAAUUAAACUACUACAAUACGCAGACGAUUUUGUCAUUAUCGAAACCGGACUCACACAAAAUGCCGUGGAAAAUUCUAUACAAAGAUCCCUUAAUUGGUUGACACUCAAACUAAAAGAACUGAAUCUUGAAAUCAACCCCCAAAAAUGUACAUAUAUGACUUUCCCAAAAAACAAUUUCAACGUAAACAUACAAACAGCAGGACGUUAUAUACAGAAAACCAAAGAACACAGAUUCUUGGGAGUCACAAUAGACAGCCAAUUAAAAUUUCAUCAACAUUUGGAGAAUCAAAAAAGUAAAGCUACAAAAAGGUUAAACGCUAUUAAAACAAUUUGCAAUUUUAGAAAUCAUAUAGAUCCUGAAAAGGCCAUACAAGUACAUAGGGCACUAAUCCGCGGAAGCAUGGAAUAUGGCAUUGGUUUUAGCUUAAAUGCCACAAAAACAAAACUCAAAACCAUAGACACCAUACUAAAUCAGUCUCUAAGAAGAGUGACAGGGUGCACAAAGACCACCCCCACAAAUACUCUUUAUGCCAUUGCAGCAGAGAUCCCAUUUGCAAUCAGAAGUAAAUAUCUAGUCGCCAAACAGCUUGUCAAGACGGUAGCAUAUCCCUCAAAAAACAUGCUAAUCCUAAACAAAGUACCUGAUUCAAAUAAUAUUCUUAAAUUAUCUGCUACAGAAAAAAUAUACAAGGAAAAUCAAGAAAUUCUAAGCAUAGUAUCUAAAAUAAGUUUUAACUAUCUAAACAAUAAUUACCAAUACAUAAAUGUAAGGGAAAAUGUACCGGGUUUGACCGAAAAAAAAAACAACUGCAACCCCUUAUUGGUGAAACAACUCAGUAUUGAGAUGAUAAACUCAAACAAAGCUAAGCUCAAAAUAUUCACAGACGGCAGCAAAAAUAGCAAUGGCUGUGGAAUAGGAAUAUACAUUAUUAAGGAAAAGGAAAUAGAAGAAAAACUAGCCUUUAAACUACAAAAUGAAGUAUCGGUAUGCACAACAGAGUUGUAUGCAAUAAAAAAGGCUCUAGAGUACGCAGUCCUCCAAAGAAUUAGAAAACCCACCAUAUAUACAGACAGUAAAUCGGCCUGUAUCCUAAUAAAGCAAGCCACAGAAUAUCAGUACACAGAUGAUAUCAUAAGUAGAAUUAUUAACAACUGCGAGUACUUAGAGGCAACCAUACAAUGGAUCCCCAGCCACGUAAACAUCGAGGGCAACGAAAUAGCAGACGAAUUGGCUAAGGAAGGGACUAGAAGCAAUCUAAUAAUUAACAAUAGGAUACGUUUUAAGGACGCUAUAGCAAAACUACAAGAAAAAACGAGACAAGAAACGGAUAGAUGGUACACGGAUAUGUGUGUAACUAAAGGAAAAAAAUUUGAGAAAUACCAGUCAAAAAUUGAAAAAAAAAUGUGGCAUCACAAAAUGAAACUAUCGCCUAGAGACAUAAAAAUAAUUAACAGACUGAUCGCGGGACACGAUUACAGCAACUACUGGCUACAAAAAUUCAAAGUCAUAGAAGAUGGUAUAUGCAGAACCUGCAAUAUCCCAGACACUGGACGACAUAGAAUUUUCCAUUGCAUCAGGUUUGAAACAGAAAGAACGAAAGACAAAAUACCAGUAGAAGAAGCUUUCAUCAACAGUUGGAAAGCUAAACAAACACAGGUAAUCCAAAAAGUUUUAAACUUUAUACAAGCAAACAAAAUCAAAUUCUAGAUCUAAAGAAGACAGAACAGAAUGGACCAGAAAAGGGAAGGAAACGAAAAAAGCAUAAAGAACAGAAGUAGCAAAUGUAAACAGACUUAUGACAGGCUCGAGCACACGAAGUGUCAAGCAUGGGAAGAGCAAUCAACACCAACAUAAAAAUCUCAAAAAACAAUAUCGAAAUAAUGCAGGAAACAGUGGAAAAAAAUAGGGACAUAUGACCUUAGUAGUCGGUCCACAUACCUAGAGGCCUUUGUGUACACAAGCUCACGAAGUAGCACGGAAGGGCCCAGGAAGCUGGACUUCUGUGCCGAAUCGUGAAACACCUCGACAGAAGAAGAAGAAGAAGAAGAUUAAUAUUGUUGAUGUUGGUACUUUGGCCGUCAUUGUUGUUGUUUUUCUAUAUGUCAUACGAAAGAGGACGCACGAAUAAAGCAAAACAGCAGCCAAAAGCAACAACUGUGAUUAAAACCAGUUAAUAUUUCAGUGAUAUUUUAAAUGAAUUGAAAAGAUUUGUUGUUAUUCAUAAAGAAAAUAUCAUGGGGAAACCUUUCACGAAACGAAUUAGGUACAAUUCUCAUCUCUAUCGCAAUCUCGAUCGGCUCUUAAAAGCCGAACAGGAUGAUGAGCUCCUACCUUGCGGAAGUGCUAAUGUUACUCUUCAAUUGCCUAACGUUCAUGAUGGUUCCACGUAUGAGCUGGAUGAUAAUCAUCUCACACAAAAUGCGAAUAUGGAGAAAAUGGAAAUACUCUAACAACAGAAUACGGUGAUGGAGCAUAUGACAAUGAUGAUCUUGAUGAUAGCAUUGACCACGUUGUCGAUUAUCUAAUUGAAAGUUCUGAUGAAGAGCUAGAAGAUGAGCUAUCUACAAAAGAAUAUUCGGUACAAGAUGCCUUACAUCGCUGAGCCAUAUCCAAAAACCCAACGUACGAGUCGAUCGAGGAAGUAAUGGAGAUAAUACGGAAAGUAAGUGACUGCAAGCUACCGAAAGAUGCAAGAACCUUGCUAAAGAUCAGCCGCAACCCUUCUGCGGAGAUACAAAGGGUACAAGGAGGACAGUAUUGGUAUGAUGGAGUCCAAAAAUGCUUUUCGUACGGGGAGCAAUGUAAAAGUUCCAACCGAUGCAACUCUUUCGAACAGUAUUUCAAUCGAUGGGUUACCGAUAUUCAAAAGCAUUAACCUUUAAUUUUGGUCUAUAUUAAUAAACAUCCAUGGAAUGCCGAAAGUGCCAGUUAUGAUAGUUGCAAUCUAUUGCGGUCCUAUUAAACCAGCAAGUAUCGGACAUUUACUUCGACCUUUUGUUGAUGAAUUAAAUUUCCUCGUGAGACAUGGAGCUUUCGUCAAUAAUAGGAGAGUUAUGUUAAAAAUACGUGCCAUUAUAGCCGACUCUCCCGCUCGUGCAUUUAUAAAAGGUGUUAUUGGUUUCAAUGCUAAAAACGGCUGCUUGAAGUGCAUAUCCGAAGGAAAGAGUAUCCAGGGACGAGUUGCAAGCUGCUGGUUCGUACAAUUCCGGUCCUGGGAGCAACUCUAUCAGCUAUCAAAUUCAUCUCUGCACGCAUCAGCCUCAUUUGCUUCUCCACGUCCGACAUUUUUUUGUUGAUCAGCUGUUGCUCCCGCUGAAUAUCGCCGAGUUUGCUUAAAACUAACAUCAGCGUGUUUUCUUUUUCAGCGCCAUUAUCCUCAGCAGGCCCCGUUUGUAUUCUCAACUGUUUGGCUAAACAUGUAUAUGAAAAAUAAAUUGAAUAACUGGUAUUAUAAUAUA